AUUCUGAGAGAUCUUAGAUCAUCAUUUGCCUCUGGGAAGACUCGAACAUAUGAAUGGCGUGUAGCCCAGCUGAAGGCUCUGGUCAGACUGUUACAGGAAAAUGAAGCACAGAUUGCUGCAGUUCUGUACAAAGAUUUACAUAAAUCGCGUAUCGAAGGAGAUUUAUCAGAAAGAGCAUUGUGUCUCAACGAUGCUAUUGAUUGCAUCAACAAUCUUCGAGAGUGGAUGAAAUCCACAAAGGCAACCAAGGGAUCAAUGUUCUUUAUGGAUAAUGCCUAUAUCAUCAAAGAACCGCUUGGUGUGACUUUGAUCAUUGGUGCCUGGAACUACCCCAUCCACCUUGUCUUACUACCUUUGAUCGGAGCUAUAGCAGCAGGAAACUGCGCUGUCAUAAAACCAUCUGAACUGGCAGAAGCAACUGCAACAUUUCUUGCAGAAACUAUUCCUAAAUAUCUGGAUACAGAUUCCUUCAGAGUGGUCACUGGAGGUGUCGCAGAAACAACAGCGUUGUUGAAAGAGAGGUUUGACCUCAUGUUUUUCACUGGCAGUAGCGCUGUGGGCAAGAUCGUCAUGAAAGCAGCAGCCGAGAACCUCAUACCGGUUGUGCUAGAGCUUGGAGGCAAGAGCCCUGUUUAUGUGGACAGAAGUAUCGACAUUGACCUUGUGGCUCGACGUCUGGCUUGGGGAAAGUUUUAUAAUGCCGGACAGACAUGUCUGGCUCCUGAUUAUGUCUUGUGUUCUCCAGAAAUACAGGAUUCACUGAUUACCAGUCUCAAGAAAGUCAUUAAGGAUUUUUUCACGGAAAACCCAAAACAGUCGGACAGCUUUGGUAGAAUUAUCAACGAAAGGCAUUACCUGAGACUUCAAAGGCUAAAGAAAGGUUCUCCGAUUGCCAUCGAAGGAGAAGAUGAUGAGACGGAAAAAUUCAUUUCGCCAACUGUUCUGAAAGAUGUGAAACUCACAGAUCCAGUUAUGCAAGAAGAGAUUUUUGGACCAAUACUGCCUAUUGUGACUGUUCAAAACCAUCUAGAGGCCAUUGAGAUCAUCAACAGCAGAGAGAAGCCGCUCGCCCUGUAUGUUUUCACAACCAACAAGAACAUGGUACAAGACUUCAAAGACAAGACCAGUUCUGGGGGUCUUCUUUUCAAUGACACUAUCAGCCAUGCUGCUGUGAGCAGCCUCCCAUUUGGAGGAGUUGGACACAGUGGGAUAGGUGCCUACCAUGGCAGACAUUCCUUUGAUGCCUUCAGUCACAGCAAGGCAGUCCUGGAGAAGAGUCUGGCACUGGACCAGAUUAACGAUCUGCGUUAUCCGCCAUAUACAGAUAAGAAGUAUAGUUGGGUUAGCUGGCUGUUGACAAAGAAAAUCAAGAAGACCGGAUUUUCU